UUUGUUGCGACGGGUAAAUAUAAAGGACGGGCGAACCCGUGGAUUUUUCCACGGGCAACGACUAGUCUCUUUAAUAAUAGCUGUAUUCCGUCUGUCUGUCUCUGCGCAACAUGGCGUCGCAAGUAGCGAGACAUACCCGCGGCCCUGCAGCUCUAUGAGGGGGGAUCCAGAUCAAAAUUCCGUGCAUUCGGUCGUCCGCUUUAGGCGUUCGUUUUAGGCAUUCGUGUGAACUGUCGUCCGUUUAAGGCAUUCGUUUUAGUCGUUCGUUUUAGCGGUUGAUUUUAGCGGUUGAUUUUAGGCGUUGAUUUCAGGCGUUCGCGGUAUCGUUUGAUUGUUUUGGUGAUCGCGAGAUUGAUCUCUCAGUUUUUAAGUAUUUUGAGAACCAGUCCUUGAUUUAUUACUUGAAUUUUGAACUCCAUCGUUGAUGUUGGCUGUGAAUGACAUGGGAGAUAUGCAAAAAUGGAAAUUGUAAAUCAAAUUGUAAAUAGAAUUUUAGCAGCAAUAUGAAUAAUCAGCCAUUACUACAGAGUGAUAGAGACACAUCAGUUACACUAGACUCAAACACUAUUGGAGAAAAUCUAAACAAUGCAAAGGAACUGCGAAGAAAUUUAAUUGCUUUUUGGAUUUUAGGAUUGUGCAACAACUUCGGGUAUGUUGUCAUGCUUAGCGCUGCAUAUAAUAUCAUGUCAGUACAAAAUGGAGAAGCCGACACCAAGAAAUAUCCUGGCUUUCAUUGCAAUAAAUUUUCAACUGGAUUAAUCUUGUUGGCUGAUGUGCUGCCAACAUUAAUAAUUAAACUCACUGCACCAUUUUACAUUCAGAAAGUAAACUAUUAUAUACGAGUUUUCAUUGUUGUUUUAUUAUUAGCUGUAAGCUUGCUUACUUUGGCAUUUUCCACUUCAGUGGGUGUCAGUUUAUUUGCAGUUGUUCUUGCUAGUGCAAGCAGUGGGAUUGGUGAAAUCACUUUUCUCAGUAUAUCAACCCAUUUCCACAAAACAACUGUAUCUGCAUAUUCUUCUGGAACUGGCAUGGCUGGUGUUGCAGGUGCAUUGUCGUAUGCUGGUUUAAUUGCAACUGGUUUAUCCCACAAGAACACAGUGUUAGUUUUGUUAUUCGUACCCGUUAUAUUCGCGGUUGCCUUCUUGUUUAUUUUGAAAAUGCCAAACGAUAUUCAGUUUUUUUCAAAUACAUCAAAAGAGGAGAUACCAGUUUUAACACAUAACAUUGGCCAAGAUCAAACGAAAGCUAUGUCUACUAGAAUGAAACUGAAGUUGGUGCUUCCUUUAUGGAGGUACAUGCUACCUCUUUUCUUUGUUUACCUAGCUGAAUAUACCAUCAACCAAGGAUUGUAUGAGUUGGUUUAUUAUGAUGUGUCCUGGCUAAGUCAGGGUGCUCAAUACAGAUGGUUUCAAGUUGAUUAUCAAAUCGGAGUGUUUUUGUCCAGAUCUUCUGUUAAUGUAUUUCAAAUUAGAAAGAUUAUUAUCCCAACUCUCCUUCAAUAUGUUAUACUUAUUUUUGUCCUUCUCGAAGUGCGUUUCUCGUUUGUGCCGUCCUUGUGGAUCAUGUUGAUUGUAAUUUUCGUGGAAGGUUUAUGUGGUGGGGCUGUUUAUGUUAAUGCGUUUUACUUGAUAUCAGAGAACGUUGAUAAGGGAAUUCGCGAGUUCUCAAUGGGUGUUGCAAGUGUGGCAGACUCAUUUGGAAUUGCGUUGGCUGGAGGAAUUGCAAUACCGAUUCAUGACAGCCUGUGCAGGCUGAAGACGUAAUGAAUGAUUUUAUCACUAGUAUUUACAUUUUUUAAUUAUCCUUUAUCUUAAGGCAAACUUAAUGCACCAUGUGAUUGGUAUAAAUUAUUUUUUUGUAUACUUGCUAUAUUUUUAUAUUUCUAUUUGAAAAACUGUAUCUCGUCUGUUUUUACGCAAAUUGAUUUUAAAAGUUGUGUAACAAACAAACUAAUGACAA